GGAAUUUUCCGUGCAUUGCCUAGUACAGCGUGGGGACCAGCCGGCUAGCGUGCCGGGGGAAGGAAGUGUUCGUAGCCCUGCCAAGACGCCUUGGAGAGAAUCUAUGAUUGUCCGGACGAUCUACGAGGAGGGAAUAAGGAGCAAUGAGUGUGGAGAUCUCUCUCGUGUCUGAGUUGUCAUUCUUGAGGCGACUGCAGGUCUACUUCUACUUCUUCCUGCCGUGGCGCGAGCUGUCCCGUCUGUGGGGGGCCAUCCAGAGCCGCGUCCUCCCCGCCUGGCUACGUGGACCAAUCGUGCGCCUGUACUGCUGGCUCUUCGGCGCCAAUCUUAAAGAAGCCUUGGUGUCAGACCCUUCUCAGUACACAUGUAUACAAGACUUCUUCACAAGGCAACUCAGACCCAAUGCCAGGUCUUUAGACCCUGUUCACAGAAUAGUGAGCCCUGCGGACGGGACGGUGGUGCAUUUUGGCCGCGUGACCAACAGCCAACUGGAACAGGUCAAGGGCGUGACCUACUCCCUCGAGAGGUUCCUGGGCCGCAGUAACAACAACUGGGGAUUGGCUAAAGGUUAUGAGGAAGAAGUUGGAAUAGAUGACUACCAGAACAUGAUCCUGGAGCAUCCUGAUGUCAACAGCUUGUUUCACAUCACCAUCUACCUGGCACCUGGCGACUACCACCGCUUUCACUCACCUGCAGACUGGGAGGUCCUGCACAGAAGGCACUUCCCAGGUGCCCUGGUGACAGUGAACCCCUGGAUCCUCAGCUGUGUGAAUAACGUCUUCAAUCUGAACGAGCGAGUUGUCCUGUCCGGUCGCUGGUCCGAGGGCUUCUUCUCCAUGAGUCCCGUCGGAGCCACUAAUGUCGGCUCUAUCAAGAUCUAUUUCGACACGGCCCUGUACACAAACAACCCUGCAGAGAACCACGUCAACGGAGACUUCUUCGACCACAUCUUCCUGGACCACCUGGGGAGGGGGGUGGAGCUCCACAAGGGCGACCAGUACGGCGAAUUCAACCUCGGAUCCACCAUCGUGCUCGUCUUUGAGGCCCCGAAAAGUUUCGUGUUCAACGUGCACCACGGACAGAAGAUCCGGGUGGGACAGAGCGUCGGCUGCUUCAACCCGCGACACAAGUGUGGCGUAGAGAUGGAGAAGGGUACUCAGGGGUCCUCCAAAGCUGCUCUCAACGCUUAUGCGUUCUAAAGGGUCAGAAGGGGUUUUUGUGAAUCUGGAAAUCAAUUAUCACAUACAGUAUAGCCUUACUGUUUGAAAAGGACCAACAAACCUCCAAGAUACACUUUGCAAAAUGUCUUGGAAUUAAAUCAAGAGACUUUAUAUUUGGAGAGUCAUUGUUCAAAUUCCAAAGACUACAUCCCAAUGGCUUUGUACUUUGCCAAAUCCUUCUGUAUGACAUAAAUGAAGUACUGAUACACCCCACCCUUUUGCUUUACUAGUCCAGAUUUACCCCCUUUUGA